AUGGCGAGCCCCGCACGCCCGCGGCAGGAGCUGGCGGCGGAGGAGCGGCGGCUCCGAGGCGCGGCCCCGACGGUGCCCCGCGAAGCCAGGCGGGAGGCGGCGGGGGAGCGACUGGCGCUGCUGGAGCUGCGGCGCUGCAGACGGCCGCCGUCCCCCGGCCCCGGCGAGCGGAGGGAGGUGGGGGAGGAGGAGGCAGAGGAGGAGGAGGAGGAGGAGGAAGCGGCGGCGGGCGAAGACUGUUGCAGCAAGUGCAAGAAGCGGGUGCAAUUCGCCGACUCGCUGGGGCUGAGCCUGGCCAGCGUCAAGCACUUCAGCGACGCCGAGGAGCCGCAAGUGCCGCCCGCCGCGCUGUCUCGCCUGCAGAGCCCUCCCGACGAGGAGCGGGACCCGCCGCCGCUCUGCGGGCACCCCCGCCCACCCGCCCUGAGCCUGCUGCCCGACUUCCCCGACGGCGGCGAGCCCAGCGCCGAGCGGCUGCGGCGGCAGCGCGUCUGCCUGGAGCGGCUGGGGCGGCCCCCGGCGCCCACCGACGUGCGGGGCACGGUGCAAGUGCUGGGUGGCCCCGGCCCCAAAGAGGUGACGGUGCGCUACACCUUUAACGAGUGGCUCUCCUUCCUGGACGUGCCGGCCGCCCCCAUGCCACCGGCCCCGGCGGCCGCCGGAGAUCCGCCAGCCGAGCGCUACAGCUUCGCCUUGUGCGUCCCGCCCGGCCUGCGGGAAGGCUCUGCCCUUCACUUCGCCAUCCGCUACCGCAGCUCUCAGGGCGAGUAUUGGGACAACAACGGCGGCCGCAACUACACCCUGCGGUGCUGCGGCUCCCCCGGGGGCGGCCCCGCCGCCGCUUCCAGCUGCCUGCCGCCCCCCGCCGCCCCCCGCUACUAAUUCCAGCCGGACGAGGGGAGGGAGUCGGGAGGGCCCGGCCGGGCGGGGGGCGGUGCAGCCGGGGGCCUGGUUCGGGAGAACGACCGCCAGCACACGAGGCAGCCGUCCCGGAGACGACCCUAAGGCUGGUGUUUCCGCCAGUGAAAGAUGGAUGUGCGUAGGCUUGCAUUGCUGUGGCUUGUGGAAUCGUUUCCCUGUUUGUUUUUUUUUGGGGUUUUUUUUUUUUUUGAGAGACAGAGAACAAGGAGACUGAGUAGUGUGGGCUUUGCUUUUCCCCUCUUGAAGUGAAUUUUUGAGGUCUUUGAUUUGGCUUGACAUCACUUACCCGAUUAGGCAGAAAUGCACGGAGCACUUGCAUGAAAACUUAACGGCGUGUUCUCUACAGAUUCAGAUUACCAUCCAACCCCUGUUGUCCCGUUCUGACAUCCGUUUCAAAGACAUAGUACUGCAACAGCAAUGGUGUGCUUUGUCUUUUAUUAUUUUCCGAGUUCAAUGGGCUCCAUAACAAUACGAUUCACUGUUGCCAGGACCUGUCAAACUCAUGACAGGCUUCUGUGCCCGUCCCACCUUUGCCGUGCCAUGUGGCGGCUCCGAGCAGCAAGCAGUCUGUUCUGGGGCUGGAUCUGGGGCUGGACUGGGCUGCUCUGGUUUUUGUCACUCAGCACACUUCGAUCCCGCUCCCCGCCUUCCCCAGGCUUGUGUCUAGAUCCUGCCUGGCUAAUAGCAGCCAACGGGGACUUCCGCAAAAAUGUUUUCGCUUAAAAUAGACUGGUGGCUUCUUCUCAGACAAAUGAGAAGUCUGAAACUGGGACAAAGGAGGAGUGAGAAUACUUGCUGAUGCUGGGUUUGUCAGGAGAACUUUGGUAACACCUUUAAGUAAUGCACUCUAAAGGAAAAGAUGGUGUCUGUCUCACACACGGUUCUGUAGUUCCAGAUUUGGGGAGCGGUGAUGGAUUUGGAUGACCUCACUGGGGAGUGCUGAUGUAAUACAGAGGGGGUGUCCUCAGUGAUGAAGGAAAACAAGUGCCUUAGUUCAGCUCUCCUAAUGUUAACUUUUGCACCACAUUUCUCAAGUAUUUAUAUUUUUUUCAACUUAUUUUGUUACAUGUUUUUCAGUAUUUGUAUGUUGCUGGGAAAGGGGUUUGUUGGUGCACACAGCUGGACUUUAUAGCUCUGGACACUUGAAAUAAUGGACACUUCACUCUUGCAUUGCAAGCCUUGACUACUAUUGGUGUCCCAAGGCCUAAAAGUAAGCAGAAAGUACCAAUGAAAAUGGGUUUGUAAGAAUAAAAAAAGCUUUUAAAAAGAGCCCACCAAUACAAAUGAUUUUUCUGAAUUGCAAAA